CCUGUUCUCUCUGAAACGCAACAACAUAACGUUAAUUUCUGAUACAUUUACGUUCAUUAAAAUAUUAUUUUUGCAAUAUUUCCGGGAGUCAGAAUGACUCAAUAAUUUGUUUUCCGUAUUCGUUGAAGAUGCGAUACACCUGAUGACAUUCAAUUUCAGUGAUCGAGUUGGUGCAUAAAUACCUACAAAAAGUAUGUCGGGAUGUUGUCAUAAUAUUAGGAAUCUGUUAUGGCAGAUGGGAAGCGAUGGAGAUGAUUUGUGCAGUCAAUUCAGCAGAUAUAUAUCGCCAGCCUAUCACCACGAUAAAUGCGAAAGAUGCGUUCAAAUGAGACUGUAUUCUAUGAAUAAGGGCGAAAUCACAUUUGUUUAUUUCAUAUUCGUCAUACUGUGGUUACUUGCUUUAAUAAUCGGAUUAUCUGGUCCUCCGAUCGAAUACACUAGUUAUAGAAAUAUCUCGGAAUCAACAACUUCAGCUAUUUUUGGUCAAAAUGGACUCGAACAUGGAGGUCCAUUCAACUUAACAACACCACCAUUAACGAGAUAUAAUAAACAAUUAUGGUUAUACGCUAUUCUACAUACAGAAAACGUAGAUGAUGAAGUAUAUGCUGAGAAUAUGUUACUGAGUGUUUCCGCUAUUGGAUUACGUUCUUCGCAAGGUGAUCAGAGUAUUCGUGGUAAAAAUCAAAGCGAUACGUCAGCUAUAUUCCAGAAAUAUACUUUCAAGAAUAGAACAAGACACGUAGAAUGUAAUAAGCGUAUCUGCGAUCCCAUAAUGGUGGCUCAUUUGGGAUUUAUUAAAUUCGUCCGGUAUAGAUUUUAUGUCAAGUUUCAUCAUUUGGAAAGCUUUCAUAGAAAGUAUACGAUUAAACAAGUAACAUUCGUGUUCAGAAGUUAUACUCCAGAAUACACACAGAUUGAGAUGUCGUUUCGAAUUAUAUACGUGAUUAUGACGUUCUUUGCUACAUUAUGGUUCGGAAAUUCUUUGCGUAAAUAUGCGAUUAGUGAUUGGGCCUACGAACAAAAAUGGCUGAUGAUAUUAUUACCUUUAUUAUUACUCUACGAUGGUCCCACAUAUUCCAUGACUACGAUUUGUGAUCAUUGGCUGAUCGGUUUCCUCGACAGUAUAUCUCAAAUAACAUUUUUAGCCGGAACAACUCUAUUUAAUUUAUGUAUCUAUCACGCUUUCAGACAGAAUGAAAGACGUUUUAUUCCAUUUUAUUUGGAAAAAGUUGUGAUCGUUUUCGUCUUAUGGGUGCUCUCCGCGACAAUUGCUUAUUAUCAAAAAGUAUACGAAUAUUUGGAUUACAGCUUUAGUUUCAAGUUGGAUUCAGUUGUUUAUCAGACGAUUACGAAAUGGUGGGUCUUAUUCGUGGUAUUCUACAUGAUCUAUCUCCUUUUAUCUAUGCUCAAAGCCUACACCGAUCUCCGAACUAUGCCAUUUUUUGAUAAACGUCUCAGAUUCGCAACCACGAACGUAGCAGUUUUAGGCACCAUUUGGUAUGGUACUUGGAGCCUAGAUUAUGGAAUCACUGGUAUCCUCGAGGAUCAAUAUACAGCCGAUAUAAAAGACAAACAAUCACAUACUACAUCUGUGACAUUCAUGGCCUUAUACGCUUCGCUUAAUUUUUACGUUUAUCUCAUGGUAUAUGUUUAUUCUCCCGCACAAAAAUCAAUAUUUGAAAACGUCGUAAUGAAAGAUAAUCCCACGUUUUCGAUGAUUAACGAUUCCGACGAAGAUGAUAUUACAACGACGACUCUACCUUCCAAAACAAGAACAGUUACUGAUAAACUAUCUUUAUACACGUCCGAAGAUGACGACGGUGAAGACAGUCUUUGUCCACUGAACCGAGCCAACGCACAGAAUCGUACCGAUGAAAGUGAUUGAAUUUCGAUUGUUUUUUUUUUUUGUACUGGUGAAAUAUUUCGGGGUUGUGUCAGGGAAUAAUACUUGUAUGGCGUGAGGUGUUUUGUAUUUUCCUAUAAAUUCAUUUCAAUUCUGUUUAUACGAAACGAUUUUAUAAUAUUUUGAUCGUAAUAAUAAAUGCAUUAAAGCUUAUUAAA